CUCCGCUGCAUUCGCAGCGCCACCUGGCAUCGCCCUCUGCCGCCCGCCGCCGGUAUCGCAGCAAUGGCGGCCCCCACAGCCCACGCCUGAGCCCGACCGCUGAUCACCGCUGCCGUGGAGUCUGGAUAAGACCUGUCAAGGGAGCUUCUUAGCUGGUUUGGGACUACCUAGUGAUAGUGAUCUUCAACCGCAGUUUUAGAGGAGUGGCACCAAAAAGCCAGUUGUUAUGCUGAGUGCUUUACAGGACAAGUAACAUUCCCUGCUUCCUCAGCUGCCUGAAAAUCAAGCCAUAGAUAUUGAGCUUCAGUUUGAAUAGGGGAGGAAAAAUGCCAGCUUCUCUGAAAAAACUGCAGCAAAUGGCUGUUUUCAUGGGACUGUUCAGUGGCGGAGGAUGCAUCGUGAUGUAUAAUCUUAUGCAAAAAAGUUUUGCCAGGACCCAGUAUUACCAGCAAGCUUUGGAGCAACUGAACAGCAAUCCUGAUGCCCUGGAAGCCUUGGGUGCCCCCCCUCUUAAGGUUCACAACAUCCGACUGACAGAUGGGAGUAAUCGCGUAGACACAGAAAGAGCACAGAUAAAGCUACCAGUAUCUGGAACAAAAUCAGCGGGAUACCUCUACAUUAACUCGGAGAUGGACCACUCCCGUCAGUGCUGGUGCCUUCAGGAUGUCACCUUGAAACUACGGGAUGGUCAGAAUAUCCUUGUUUACCACUCCCCGGUGGAAAGCAUUGGUGUGCAAGAAGGCUAAAAAUCAGAGACAGCUGCCUCUCCGCCUCCCAUUGAGCCAAAGGAGCCAUUAAUCGAUUGCAUCCUGCUGUGUCCAUGAAUGUACACAGUUGUCACAAGUGACAGUUUCACUUAAGUGGGUGCUCUCAAGACAAUUUUCUCUCUAAGAUUGACCUCAUCAUUGUUGUAAUUGUAAUUUCUUUCUUUUGCUAGUUUAUUCAUGUGUUCAACAGAAGCCUAGAAUAAAUACCUUGCAAAAGACUUGCUGUUCCAGAGAA